AUGGGAUGGAAGACCAUUCAAAAACGUUUUGACGGCUCCGAAAAUUUUGAUCGACCUUGGAAGGAUUACAAAGAUGGAUUCGGCGAUUUAAAUGGCGAAUUUUUUAUUGGGCUGGAGAAAAUUCACGUAAUGACUCAAAAACGGCCCCACGAACUGUAUAUCAAGCUUGGAAAAGUUGAUGGAACCACAAGCUACGCUUAUUACAAGGAUUUCAAACUUGGCAGCGAGGAAGAGUCGUAUGCCCUAAAAUCGCUGGGGAAAUACUUCGGAACAGCUGGAGACUCCCUACAAUAUCAUGUGAACGAAAUGUUUACCACUUUUGACAGGGAUAAUGACAAAUCUGAAACUGGUAAUUGCGCUUCGCCAGAAGUAGGUGGUUGGUGGUACCUCAAUUGUAGUCAAAGCUCUCUAAAUGGAAAAUACUAUAAAGAGGGGUACGAUGCGGGCUCUAAAGGAAAUGGAAUUACUUGGGGUUCUUGGCAUGACAACAACUGGGACGAAUCGCUCACCUUUGUUGAAAUGAUGAUUAAGCCUAAAGUUUUGAGCCCAAAGGUUUGA